AUGGCUCCCUCCGACCGUCUCAACCAGGUCAACAAGCACCUCAACUAUCCGGCCGGCAUGCUGGCCGGCCAAGUAGCCAUCAUCACCGGCGCAGGACAAGGCAUCGGCGCCGAAGCAGCCCGACUCUUCGCCAACGAGGGUGCCAAGGUGGUCGUUGCUGAUAUCGACAGCAAGAAGGCGAAUGCCGUCGCUGAUGCUAUCAAUGCUGUCGAGCCUGGUCGCGCGCUGGCUGUCGUGGGAGAUAUCCUGGACGCUAGUUAUGUCGAGACACUGGUGAAGCGGACAGCUGAGUUUGGUGGUGGCAAGAUUCAUAUUAUCGUUAACAAUGCUGGGUUUACCUGGGAUGGAGUUAUUCACAAGAUGACCGAUAAGCAAUGGGACACCAUGCUCGCCGUCCACAACACAGCUCCAUUCCGCCUCGUUCGCGCCGCAGCACCCUACUUCCGUGUCAAGGACAAGGAGCCCCGAGUCAUCAUCAACAUCAGCAGCACGAGCGGUAUCCACGGCAAUGCCGGCCAAGCCAACUACGCCGUCGCCAAAGCCGGCGUCGUCGGCCUCACCCGCACAAUCGCCAAAGAAUGGGGUCCAGCCUUCGGCGUGCGCUCCAACACCAUCGCCUUCGGCUUCGUGACUACCCGUCUGACUGCUGCAAAGGAAUCAGGAGCGUUUAUCACCACUCCCGACGGGACAAAGGUUGCUCUUGGAAUUCCGGGGAAGCAGUUGGACGGCAAGAAGGGUGCUGAGGAGGCUUCUUAUCCGGAUAUUCCGCUGCGUAGGCCGGCGAGUCCGGAGGAGGCGGCUAGGGCGGUGUUGGGUGUUGCCAGUCCGUAUUUCUCGUAUGUUAAUGGGGAGACUAUUCGUGUUACUGGGGGGAGGAAUAUGUAA